UUUCCAUAGACAUCAACUCACCAAAUCAAAAAAAAAAAACAAUACUACCAAACAUAUAAAGAAAAGCAAUUAUGAGUAGGAUGGCCGGAAUCGGUGUUUCUCCCAUCGUGCUUCUGUCGCUUCUCCUCUUGGCGAUCGGAGGAGCCCACGCCACCAUUUUCUUCCCGCGACCUCUGACCGUGACGGGGCAGCUGUGCUGCACCCAGAACGGCAACUGCCCUGGGACACCCGUUGCCGGGGCCACGGUGACGCUUAACUGUCCGGGUUCAAUCUUAAGCCCGCCUGUGUCGGUCUCCACCACCACAACUGCUACUGGUACCUUCAGCCUUUCCGCUAUCAGACAGAGCAUCACCGGCCUCACUAUUUUCGUUGGAUGCACCAUCACCGUGCAGCUUCCGGUCCCCGCCACUGCUGCCUGUCCCGUCUUGUCCAAUACAGGCGGCAUUCUUAUUUCCCUCAUUAGACGUACUGGCGAGGUUGGCGGAGUUCAGCUUGGGGUACCUACUGGAUUUGUUCGGUUGGGGUGAACAAUUGAACAUGUAAUGGACGUCCAAAGACAUACGUAUGAUAUGUCUUUUGGCGUGUUAUGUGGUAUGUAUAAUAAUUAAUGUUGGUGUUGGUCACCAUGCACCAAUCUCCAACUGUCAUAUUUAAAUAAAAUUACCAUGUAACUAAAUAAAAUUAUAUGAAAUUAUACUACUCCAUCAUCUACUAA